AGCGGAGCAUAUUAUACAUUUAUCACACACCCUGAUGUCAUGUUACAACUGUGUAUCACUUGGCAGCUAAAAAAGAAUAUUUUCCAUAAAUAGUCAACUUUAUUGCUUUAAGGGAAGUUGAUUUAAGGGACAAUGUAUUUGUAAUACUGAGAGAGGGAGGCAGAGAGAGAGAGAGAGAGAGCAAUUGGGCGAGAGAGGAAGUUUGUCUUCCUCUCAUCACUGGAAGAUCUCACACUUCACCUCUUCAGCAACGGAGUGAGCAAAUAUGACGGAAAUUUAAAAAGCAAGAUGUUGAGUCCAUCGAGUCCAGCCCAGAAGAACCUCUGUGACGAGGACAGCUCUGGAUCGGAUGCAGGAUCAGAGGCUGGUCUGGAACCUGAGACAGACCGGUUUGGUUUCAUUGUGACCAAUGGAUCCACAGCAGGGAGUGUGGGCCCACCCCCUGAGUUGGUCAGGCAGAGGGAGGCCAAAUGGAUAAACAUCAUUGUCCAAUGGGAUCGCAUCUUGUUGAAGAAGACCAGUAAGGUCAAAGUGCAGUGUCAGAAAGGCAUCCCGGCCUCGCUCAGAGCUAAGUGCUGGCCGCUGCUGUGUGGCGCUACCGACAGGAUGAAACAAAACGAAAACCUCUACCAGUCUCUGGACUCACAGCCUGCUCUGCAGAGCUGGGUGGAUGUGAUUGAGAGAGACCUGGACCGACAGUUCCCUUUCCACGAAAUGUUCCUUUCCAAGGAUGGACAUGGGCAGCGUGGUUUGUUCCGGGUGUUGAAAGCCUACACUCAGUACCAACCAGAAGAGGGUUACUGCCAGGCACAGGGGCCCGUGGCUGCAGUGCUGCUGAUGAACAUGCCAGCUGAGGAGGCCUUCUGGUGUCUGGUGCAGAUAAGUGAGCAGUACCUGCCUGGAUACUACAGCCCACUGUUGGAGGGAGUCCUGUUUGACGCGGCCAUGCUGACCUGGGUGUUAAAAAGGACGUGCCCAGCUGCACACAAACAUCUACAGCACCACGGGGUGGAGCCCCUCAUGUUCGCCACUGACUGGCUGAUGUGUCUCUUCACACGUCACCUGCCCUUCAACACACUGCUCCGAGUCUGGGACCUCUUUUUCUGCUAUGGAGUGCGGGUGCUGCUCCAGGUGGCGGUGGUGCUGGUGCGUCGGGUGCUGGGCCGAGCUGAGCAGAGGAAGCAGUGUCAGGGUCAGAUGGAGACUCUAGAGAGGCUGAGGGGAGUCAGGGAGCAGGUCCAAGAGGAAGAUGACUCCUUCAUAGCAGAGGUGUGCUCGGUGCCGCUGUCAGCCAGAGAUCUGGAUAAGCAGACGGAGAAGGAGUUAGAAAAGUGGAGGAAAGACAGACCCUCAUCCACCUUUGACCCCAGAGGUCGCUGCUAUGGAUACCGGAUGGCGUGGGCGAGGGCUCGACAGAACGAGGAAGAACGGAACAGGAAAGAGAGAGAGAAAGGGAACCUGUCCGUCCCUCUUGCUCGCUCUGCCUCCACUCUCUCGCUGUCUCCCUCCAUCCUUCACAAGUGGAGGAAAGGGGGAAAGGUAAACGCGGGUGAAUGGGAGGGCGGCGGCAGAGUUGUAAGGCAUCUCUCGAUGGGAGCAAAGGAGGACUGGAGCAACUGGGCUGAUGUACGUUUUAAGAAGGUACAGGGCGUCCAGGAGGAGGAGGACACGGUUUCAGAAGAACAUGAAGAACAGAGUAAGCCGAAACAAACAGGAGAAAGUGAACAGAAAGAACCUACAAAGAUGGACACAAUCCAAAACAUACCAACCGAGCAUGUAGAAGAAACAGUUUUAGUAAAAGAACAAGUAGAAACAAGAAUCACAGAAAAGGAAGAAAGCCAACUCAAAGAGACAGAGACAGAGGAAAGCAAAAUGCUUUCAGAACAGACAGAAGAAACCAAUGUGGAGAUAGAACCAAACCAAGGUCCAGCCAAAGACCAGACUGUGGAAAAUAUUCUUCAGCAGGGCGAGGAGCUGGGCUCUUCCAGCCCGUCACAAGUCCUGGAACAGCAGAGUCACAAAAGCAAAGACCAGGACAUUGAGGUCAAAGACAAAAAUAAAGAGACAGAAAUACAAGAGGCAGAAAGUGAACCCACAGCUGCAGUGGAGAAAAAUCAGACUGAGACACAGAAAGAUGCUGAAGCAGAUACAAACACAGAGGUGGAGACGGAAGAAAGUGUGGACCCAAGUGAGGAACAGAUGAUUCAGGCUGACAUGAAACAAGAGGAGAGCUUAGAAAUUGAAAAUGUGCAACAGACGCAGGUGGACACAGUCACAGAGGUCUCAGAAACAGCGACUGAGACAAGCCCCAUCUCACAGACAGAUGAAGCGAUCACAGAGACACAAGCAGAAGCCAUAAAACUGUGUUCACCUGAAUACGUCCAACCACAAGAAGGUGCUGACUCAAAGUUGGUUGACACAGAGAGUGAGGCAGAAAUACCAGUUUCAAACGACACAGUGACGCAGUCAAGUGAAGCACUUGCUCAGUGUUCAGAGAAAGUGGUUAACGCAGCAGCAUCUGAACCUACAGAGGAAGAAGGAGAAAUUCUGACUGCACACUCAGGGGGUGACAAUGAUGAGACACAAGCAGAGGAAACACCAACAGAAACUCAGACGAAAGAGGAGACUAUGGACUCCACUGAACCUUCAGCACAGGCUGAGGCAGUGAGUCCCACCGCCGAGCCUGAUGGGGAGACAAGUUCAGUAGAAGUGAGUGCCUCUGAAACUGCAUCUGAACCACCAAAGAUCCAGGGCACUAUGGGUGGGGUGGAGGAGAAAGAAAGCCCAGGAGAUGUUCAAGAAGACACUGUAGGAGAGAACGACGUCUUCAUUUCUACUGAACCAACAGACUCAAAUACUGACAGUAACGCACAUGUCCAAGACACAGAGUCUCACUGUCCGAAAGACCAGACUGAGCCAAAUAACAGCGGCCUGACACAAGCCUCUGGGCGCCGCAACAGCCGGUCUUCUGGGGAUUUCUGUGUCCGCAAGUCAUCCAGCUCCCGUGGGUCCAGGUUAGGGCGUAGGCUCUCUGAAGAUCUCUUCACCGUGCCACAGAAAACUAGCCAAUCAGAAUCUAUCCCUAAUCAGCCAGAGGUUAAACGCACUGAAUCGCAGUCCAGUCCUGGAGCUGUAAACCCAACCCAAACUCCACCUGACGUGACUUCAGAAGUCACCUCGUCACUGCCUGCAGGAGCGGCUGAGAGGACAGAGGCACAGCAGGAGCAGAAGCCGCCCGACCCCCCUAAACGUUUUGGUCUCUUCCGUAGACUGAGAGGAGACCAGCCUAAAAAGGCCAAGGCAAAGGGGGCGGCCAAAAUGCAAGUCCCCAAAAUCUUGAUCCAAGACUUCAGUGAUGGAACUGGGAUGGAGAAACCGAUCCUUUCUUACUGUCCUUUCUGUUGA